AUGACCGGUCUUUUUGUGCUGGGACUUCGUGGUGAAACUACAGUGAAAGGAGACACACUCUCAACGUGGUUCGCACUAGAUUACUUCGCUGACUUCCUGUAUCUCUUGGACAUUAUGAUUCAUUUCCGGACUGGCUACUUAGAGGACGGCGUCCUUCAGACGGACGCGGUCAAAUUGAGGCAUCAUUACAUGAAUUCAACGACAUUCUACAUAGACUGCUUAUGUCUUCUACCAUUGGACUUUCUAUAUUUAUCCAUAGGAUUCAAUUCAAUACUCAGGUCGUUUCGUCUAGUCAAAAUUUAUCAGUUCUGGGCCUUCAUGGACAGAACAGAAAGGCAUACGAACUAUCCAAAUUUAUUCAGAUCGCUGAGUCUUAUUCAUUACUUGUUAGUGAUAUUUCAUUGGAAUGGCUGUUUAUAUCAUAUAAUAGCAAAAAAUAAUGGUUUUGGUAGUAAAAAUUGGGUCUUUCAUGACUCGGAGAGUUCUGACGUUGUGAAGCAAUACUUGCAGAGUUAUUACUGGUGCACGUUGGCGCUCACCACGAUAGGUGAUUUGCCAAGGCCUCGUAGUAAAAGUGAAUACAUUUUUGUAAUUGCUCAAUUAUUAUUCGGUUUACUAUUAUUUGCCACAGUACUUGGACAUGUGGCGAACAUUGUCACAUCGGUUAGUACAGCGAGGAAGGAGUUUCAGGAUCUAAUGUCUUGCCGCCUGAGCACGCGCCGUGGCACGACAGCUUCGAAUAGUCACUGUUCUCAACGUUACUUGUCAUCGUCCCGUGACAGUCUUGUCACGUCACCCGGCGGCGGCGGCGGUCACUACACGGCGGUAACCGGUGUCGGCGGCGGCAUUCACCAUCGGACACCGAUUGAUGCGACCGCCGAAACCGCCCUCAGCGAUCUGGACAUCAGCGCGGCGAGGAGGGAUGCGAGGACUAGGUGA